AUGGGUGGGCCUUACUUUGAAGACAAUUCUCACAUAUUUUUUUCCCAAGGAACGACAGAUCGUGAGAAGGAGGGAGGUGAUGAAUAUAUUGACAAAGCGCACAAGACUCCAAAAUUAUUUUCAAAGCUUGAAAAAGGGAAAGAAACUGUGCAAAAUGGUCGAAUCGAAAAAAAAAAAAAUGGAAAGCCUAGAUUUUAUAGUAAAAAACCAAUGCAGGAUGAGAAAAGAAGAAUUAUAGCGAAACAAAGUCUCGCUGCAAUAUCAUUCCAGGCAAAUGAUAAGUUGUUUAUGGAUGGCUUAGAUAUAUCCCAAAGGCCUAUAACUGCGCCCGUUAUAGUUCCGGAGAAAUUGAAAAAUUUGGCUUCUACAAUUAUACAGAAUAACG